CUCUUCCUCUCACACAUACGCCAGAGCUCAGACUGCAGCAGAGCGCAAAGCCAGCAAGGAUUUUACCAUUUAUUUUUGGAAAGGCAGAGAGACAUUUACCUGCUGAGGAGAUCCUGCAUGGAGGGUUGAUUGAAGAGAAUCUCACAAGCUGCUGAGUGUGUUGACACCUGGUCUUCCGAAGCAGCUGCGAGGACUUUUGUAAGCCUCUCCAUCUUUCCCAAAGUGACCUGCCAGCUUCCCAUCACCUCUUCUGGUUAGGAUGCUCCGCGGUGCGCCCCUGUGCUGAGGAGGCGUCGGCGGGCAGCAGCAUGGACGCUGUGCUGGCCGGCAUCCCCACCAUCCCCUCCACCACCACCAAUCUGCCACCACCACCACGCUGCCCAGCCGAGCCGGGGGCUCCCCCCAUCCCCGCUGAUGGGCGAAGACACUGACGCCACCCUGACGCUCAACCACCACGGCUUCCUCCCCGACCACAACUAUGUGACUGAAGGGCUGCUCCUGGCUAUAGCCUGAAGAGCUCCGCCCAUCCUGUCCACCCCUCUCCACCCUGGAGUCCUCCCCCAGGAUGUUGAGCCCCAUCCAGGUGCUGUGCUCCGACAUCACUACCCUUUCUCUGGAGCCCGAGCCGUUUGCCUCUUACACUGAAGCGGAUAUCAUCUCCACUGUCGAGUUCAACCACACAGGAGAGCUCCUGGCCACAGGGGACAAAGGAGGCCGUGUGGUCAUCUUUCAGAGGGAACCAGAGAGCAAGUCUGAGCCAUUUUCCCAGGGAGAGUACAAUGUGUACAGCACCUUUCAGAGCCAUGAGCCCGAAUUCGACUACCUUAAAAGUCUGGAGAUUGAGGAGAAGAUCAAUAAGAUCCGAUGGCUGCCUCAGCAGAACGCUGCUCACUUUCUCCUCUCCACCAAUGAUAAAACCAUAAAGUUGUGGAAGGUGAGUGAAAGAGAUAAACGACCAGAAGGAUACAACCUGAAGGAUGAAGAAGGUCGCAUCAAGGAUAUCGCUACAGUCACCUCUUUGCAGGUGCCGGUCUUGAAGCCGAUGGACCUGAUGGUGGAGGUGAGCCCCCGGCGGGUGUUUGCCAACGCCCACACGUACCACGUCAACUCCAUCUCGGUCAAUUCGGACUAUGAGACCUACAUGUCAGCGGACGACCUGAGGAUCAACCUCUGGCAUCUAGACAUCACUGAUCGCAGCUUCAACAUUGUAGACAUCAAACCAGCAAACAUGGAGGAUCUGACGGAGGUGAUCACAGCUGCAGAGUUUCACCCCCUCCAUUGUAACCUGUUUGUUUACAGCAGCAGCAAAGGCACCCUACGCCUCUGUGACAUGAGAGAAGCAGCGCUGUGCGACAAGCACUCCAAAUUGUUUGAGGAGCCCGAGGAUCCCAGCGCUCGCUCCUUUUUCUCUGAGAUUAUCUCCUCCGUGUCUGAUGUGAAGUUCAGCCACAGCGGCCGCUAUCUGCUCACCAGAGACUACCUGACUGCAAAGGUGUGGGACCUCAACAUGGAGAGCAAGCCCCUGGAGACAUACCAGGUACACGAUUACCUCCGCAGCAAGUUGUGCUCCCUUUACGAGAACGACUGCAUCUUCGACAAGUUUGAGUGUGCCUGGAACGGCUCGGACAGUGUGAUUAUGACCGGCGCCUACAACAACUUUUUCCGAAUGUUUGACCGCCACACCAAGCGAGAUGUGACCCUGGAGGCCUCGCGGGAGAGCAGCAAACCCAGAGCCGUCCUGAAGCCACGGAGGGUCUGCGCCGCCGGCGGGAAACGGCGGAAGGACGACAUCAGCGUGGACAGCCUGGACUUCACCAAGAAGAUCCUGCACACGGCCUGGCACCCCAACGAGAACAUCAUCGCCAUCGCCGCCACCAACAACCUGUACAUCUUCCAGGACAAACUCAACUCCGAGAUGCACUGAUGAAGGGUCGGCGGCGGCGGCGGGUCCAAACGAGUUUACAAGCAAACAUGCAACUACGCUAGAAUGUACAUUAUCAGACUCAAACGCUGGUCCACUGAACCCAGGAAGAUGCCUACCGCACACAGUCAGAAUGCAUACACACAUUCAUCUCCUCCUUAGCCUCCCACAAGUGAACGGAGUCCAGUCAGGGAUAAAAAAAGGAAACUGGCUGCAUUACACAAUGGGUUGUUAUUGAAAAUUGUCCAAACUGUGUUUAUUUUUAUUGUUAUCCUGUGGAUUGUGGUAAAUGGUGUGGUAAUCACCACAGCUUGGCUUCUGAGUGGGAUCAGAUCCCCUCUCAGGCUAGAAGAACGUUUACAUUUCUUUGUCUUUUUUAACUCUUCAGGCUCUCUUGCUUUCUCCACCUCCUCUUCCUCACCUCUCUGUAUUCGUGUGCUCAAGGAAAGCCUAUUCUUAUCCCCAUUGCCCACUGUUUUGUGUAAAAAAAAAAAAAAAAAAAAAUUGGGCCAUUUAUAUAACUGUCUGUUUUUCAUUCCAGAUAAAGCUCUCUGUUUUUGUAACUUCUUGUCAAAUGUCGACGACAAAAGGCAGAUCUGGUGAUUAAAAUGACACAACAUGUGAGAUAUGCAAAGAUGAACCCCGUGACUUUCCCCUCAUCCCAAACUGCACCAGACGCCUCUGCCUUCAAGAGGGGCGAACCAUUCACAGUCCUGCAGACGUUAACAGACACAAACCCACUACAGACAGUGUGUUUAAGCAAUGACUGUUUUCAUUUUUAGCCAAAACACAUCCAAACAUAUCAGUUUGUGUUUUUCGCUUCUGAUCCAGGGCUGUUGUGUGUUCUGCUGCUGCUGCUGCUGCUUCAACACUCAAUACAUUAAACUCAGAUAAAGCAAAAAAGUUUAAAAAAAAUCAUCAUAAUAAAAAAACAAAAAAACAAAAAAAAAACGGCGAAGAAAUAUUUGCAACAAUCGAGCAAAAAGAUGCUGCAUGUUCAACAGAUUUACUUUUUAAAUCGUCUGUCUGACUGACUUGGCUGCCUUCUUUAAACAUUUAAACCUAGCUGUAGAAAAGCUUCAGGGGAGCCUGGGGAGGGGGAGGGGGGCUCACAGCAGCAGGAGCCGCCAUAGAUGACCGUUGACCUCCUAUUUGUGUCCUCGGAUGCUGAAGCAUGUUUACUCGAGUUCGGUUUGUACACGUCCAUUCUGAAUGAAGCCGUCCACAAAUCAGUGUAAACUGAGAACUGAGAAUAACGGGGAAUGUUUCAGAUUAAAUGUUGUACCUUAAAAUAAUCAGAAUAACAACAAAAUAAAAAACUUCAGAGCGGCCUCAGUGGUGUCUGUAUAUAGCAGCUCUGUUUCUGACAUGAGGUUUUGUUUCGUCUGUCGACCAACUGCGGACUUGGCUCCAAAGCUACAGCGGAGUGAUGGUACUUUAAUCUCUUCGGCCUUCCUCACUGAUUACUUUUUUUUUUUGAUGUGCAGAAGUUUUUAUUUUUUAAAAGACGGGCGCUUCUUUGUUUGGAAUAUAUGUCGGUCGUACUCCAUGUCUUUAUCAAAUACAGUUGAUUCACAUAUUUUUGUCUAAAUAUAUGUUGACAUGAUUGUCAAAUGGACAGUUAUAAAUAUUGUUAAUAUCUUUCUUUGUUUCUUUCUCUUUUUUCAAUAAAGGAUUCAACAAAAUUGC